GUAUCCUGAGCCCAGCUUCCCUCAGCUCAGUGCAACCAUGAGCGGGGAGGUGAAGGUGACAGGGCAGAACCAGGAGCAAUUUCUGCUUCUGGCCAAGUCAGCCAAGGGUGCAGCAUUGGCCACACUCAUCCACCAGGUGCUGGAGGCUCCUGGUGUCUACGUGUUUGGUGAACUGCUGGAUAUGCCCAAUGUUAGAGAGCUGGCUGAGAGUGACUUUGCUUCCACGUUUCGGCUACUCACGGUGUUUGCUUACGGGACAUAUGCUGACUACUUAGCUGAAGCCCGGAAUCUUCCCCCACUCACAGAGGCCCAGAAGAAUAAGCUUCGACAUCUAUCAGUUGUGACCUUGGCUGCCAAAGUCAAGUGCAUCCCUUAUGCAGUGUUGCUAGAGGCCCUUGCCCUGCGUAAUGUGCGGCAGCUAGAAGACCUGGUGAUUGAGGCUGUGUAUGCUGACGUGCUGCGAGGUUCUUUGGAUCAGCGCAAUCAGCGGUUGGAAGUUGACUACAGUAUUGGGCGGGACAUCCAGCGGCAGGAUCUAAAUGCCAUUGCACGAACCCUGCAAGAGUGGUGUGUGGGCUGUGAGGUUGUGCUGUCAAGCAUUGAGGAGCAAGUGAGCCGUGCCAAUCAGCACAAAGAACAGCAGCUGGGCCUGAAGCAGCAAAUUGAGAGUGAGGUUGCUAAUCUUAAGAAGACCAUUAAAGUUACGACAGCAGCAGCAGCUGCAGCCACGUCUCAGGAUCCUGAGCAGCACUUGACUGAACUGAGAGAACCAGCUCCUGGCACCAACCAGCGCCAGCCCAGCAAGAAAGCCUCAAAGGGCAAGGGACUCCGAGGGAGCGCCAAGAUUUGGUCCAAGUCGAACUGAAGGGACUGUCCUUUCUAUCCUGGGGAUAUAGGUCCCAGCUGCCUACUUAGCCCUUAGGAGUCCUCAGAGAGCCUUCCUGUGCCCCUGGCCAGCUGAUAAUCCUAAAUUUACGCGCCUACACCUCCGUCUUCUCUCUCAGCUCCCAAACGUAGGUCAUACCUCUCUUGGGAGGAG